GAAAAUAUAAAAAGUAUUUGUAUAAUUAUUGGUUUUUAUUUUGGGCUGAGCUGAGUUUAGAUUAGAUUGGUUUGAUUACUAUUCUAUACUUUCUCUGUCUGUGUACCCUGUCCUGCUUGUGGUGUUUGUGUUUGUAGGAUUCCAUUGCCCACCUCCCUAUUUCCCCCAACACACAGCGAUGCACUAAAGAGAACAACAAAAAGAAAAGAAAAGUUUUUAGAGAGAGAGAGAGAGAGACAGAGGGGGAGAAGAAAAAGAAGAAAAGAAAAACCUAAAGCCACAAACACCAUUCCUCUCGCCGGCGAUUUCUUUCCCACGAAUUCACCAACUCACCAAAUGCUGUGCUAAGAUAGACAUCCGUGGGUUCCAGAGAAGAGAGAAGGACAAGGAGGGGAAUUAAUUAAAUUUUUUUUAUGAGCCAAAAAUGCGUGAAGGAGUUAUACUUGUUGAUGAGCCAAUCAGCGACGUUGUUUCAACUGGGAAGAAGAAGAAAUCAGGAGAACAGCAACAGGAACAGGAACACGAGCAAGAUAAGGUUAUUGUUCUAGUACCGGAAAGUAAAGACAGCUCAAGACCCAUUUUGGUGAACCGAACCCGAUCUCAAUCCGCCAACCGUAGAGUCGCACCCACAAACACCGGACCACUGGACUCAACCACCACUACCACAGUGGAGAAAGUCCUUCCAAACGGCGAUCUCUAUACUGGGUCAUUUUCGGGUAAUGCGCCUAACGGAUCGGGUAAAUAUUUGUGGAGAGACGGGUGCAUGUACGAAGGAGAGUGGCGGCGUGGGAAGGCCUCGGGAAAAGGGAAGUUCUCGUGGCCAUCGGGAGCAACAUACGAAGGGGAAUUCAAGUCGGGUCGGAUGGAAGGAUUCGGUACGUUUAUAGGAUCGGACGGGGACACCUACCGCGGGUCAUGGAGCGCCGAUAGAAAACACGGGUACGGGCAAAAGAGAUAUGCGAAUGGAGAUUUUUACGAGGGAACAUGGAAAAAGAAUGUGCAAGAUGGGAAAGGAAGAUACGUGUGGAAAAAUGGGAAUGUGUACGACGGGGAAUGGAAAAAUGGCGUCAUUUCAGGUAGAGGUGUUUUGGUUUGGGCUAACGGAAAUCGUUACGAUGGGCAGUGGGAAAAUGGGGUUCCAAAAGGGAAUGGGAUUUUUAAAUGGACCGACGGAAGCUGUUAUGUGGGUACUUGGAAUAAUAAAGAUUUAAUGAGUGGACAUGAACUGUCCGGUACUUUUUAUCCUGGAAAUGGUAAAGAGAGUGGUGGUGGUGAUUUGGUUUUGCCGCCGACGAGGAAGAGGUCGUCGGUGGAUGGAAGUAAUAUGGUGAAUUUACCAAGGAUUUGCAUAUGGGAAAGUGAUGGUGAGGCCGGUGAUAUUACUUGUGAUAUUAUUGAUACAGUUGAAGCUUCAAUGAUUUAUAGAGAAGGGUUGUUGGAUCGGAAUGGGAUGGGGAUUAGACAGUUCAGAAGAGGGCCGUGCUGUUUUAGUGGUGGUGAAGUGAAGAAGCCUGGGGAGACUAUAUCUAAAGGCCAUAAGAAUUAUGAGUUGAUGCUUAAUUUGCAAUUGGGCAUCCGGUGUUCCGUUGGGAAACAUGCCCAGAUUUUGAGGGAAUUGAAGCCCAGUGAUUUUGAUCCAAAGGAGAAGUUCUGGACUAGGUUUCCUGCUGAAGGAUCAAAGAUUACGCCUCCACAUCAAUCUGUGGAGUUCCGUUGGAAGGAUUAUUGUCCAAUGGUGUUUAGACAUUUGAGGGGGCUAUUCCAUGUGGAUACUGCUGAUUACAUGCUAGCUAUUUGUGGAAAUGAUGCCCUCAGAGAGCUGUCUUCUCCUGGGAAAAGUGGAAGCUUCUUUUACCUUACUCAGGAUGACAGAUUCAUGAUCAAGACUGUAAAGAAAUCUGAAGUCAAGGUGCUAAUCAGGAUGCUUCCCAGUUAUUACCAACAUGUUUGUCGGUAUGAAAAUUCAUUGGUGACAAAGUUCUUCGGUGUCCAUUGUGUUAAACCAAUUGGUGGACAAAAAACUCGCUUCAUUGUGAUGGGCAAUUUGUUUUGCUCCGAGUAUCCAAUACAUAGGAGAUUUGACCUGAAAGGAUCCUCCCAUGGCCGCACAACAGAUAAGCCUGAGGGUGAGAUAGAUGAAACCACAACUCUCAAGGACCUGGAUCUCAAUUUUGUUUUUCGUCUUCAACGAAAUUGGUACCAGGAGCUCAUCAAGCAAAUUAAUCGGGAUUGUGAAUUUUUGGAAGCUGAGAGAAUUAUGGAUUACAGUCUCUUGGUUGGCCUUCACUUCCGCGAUGAUAAUACUUGUGACAAAAUGGGGCUAUCACCAUUUGUUUUGCGCUCCGGAAACAAGGAUUCCUAUCAAAAUGAAAAAUUCAUGCGUGGCUGCCGGUUUCUUGAGGCAGAGCUACAAGACAGAGAUAGGAUUUUAGUUGGCCGGAAACCAUUGAUAAGGUUAGGAGCAAAUAUGCCAGCAAGAGCAGAACGAAUGGCGCGGAGAAGUGAUUUUGAUCAGUACAUCCCUGGUGGGAUUAACCAUUUGACCCCUUCUAGAAGUGGUGAGAUAUAUGAAGUAGUUCUUUAUUUUGGGAUCAUUGAUAUCUUACAAGACUAUGAUAUUAGCAAGAAAUUAGAGCAUGCCUACAAAUCUUUACAAGCCGAUCCUACCUCAAUCUCAGCAGUCGAUCCCAAACACUACUCAAAAAGAUUCAGGGAUUUCAUUGGCAGAAUAUUUAUAGAAGACAGGUAGCAAUGGGGAUGAAAUUGCAAGAACACCAGUCUUGUUAAACGAAAAAGGUAAUUUUUGCUGGAAUCUGAGCUGCCAUUCUUUUAAGAGAAAAACUACCGAGGGAAUUAAGCCUUUUUCCUGCAGUAGAUUUUGAGCAAAUAAUAUUUGAGAAGGAGAGAUCAAGCCACUACUGAUGUGGUAGAAGAGCUCGGCUGCAGCAGGUUUUCGUGUCGGCUUCUGGCUGAAUUUUGAAGAUCAGCCAUAAAGAUGAAGGUGGAAGCUCUUGUAAAUUCAGGGGAGGGAGGAGGAGGAAAACUUGGUUCUGAUUUCCUUUUUUUUUUUUUAAAUUCUUAUUAUAUUUUUGGAAAUAUUUUUUUGUGGGGAGCUAAGGGUUAUGAAUUGUGAAGAUUUGAAAGAUAGGUAUAGGGAACAGGGAAAAUGUUUCCCAGAGAAAAGAUUUAAAAAAAGAAAAAAAGAAAGAAGAAAAAGAAAAGAAAUUGGGGUUGGAGAGGGGUCUCUUGGAAUAAGAAAAGUGUACAGCUUAAUACAAAAAGAGAUGGAUAGUUAUGGAAUUUCGUGAAUAUCAUUAUUAUAAUAUUAUAUAAUAUUUUUUGA